AUGACCAGCAACUACUUCCCAGAAUCAGCACCCACCGCCGAGCAAAAGAUCCUCGAUGGCUGCGCGAACUUGGCUGGUAGCAUGCUAGGAGGCGUACGCUACACAGCCGUGCACGAAAUCGGCCACUGGCUCGACCUCUUCCACACCUUCCAAGGCAACUCCUGCAGCGGCCCCGGCGAUUUCAUUCCCGACACGCCACGCCAGUUGAAUGCCACUGGUGGGUGUCCAGCGAAAUCUGAUACGUGCCCAAACCAGCCUGGGAAUGAUCCUAUCCAUAACUUCAUGGACUAUUCAACGGAUAUUUGUAUGACGGAAUUACCGCGAUUUCAGUCGGUUAGGAUGUUGUGGAUGUAUGCUAAGAUGAGGUUUGGGAGGUAG